GCACAGUCUAGGCCAAUGGGCUUGCAACAUGGUGUAUGGGCGCAGUGGUACAUACUCUACAGCCGCGUCCGCGGGUACCUGAGGAGGACUGUUAUAACCGGCUUCGCAGCGUGUCGUUACCCUGGAAUGCAAAGUUUGCUCCGCAAGAUGGUCAAGUCCAAGAUCGCUCAACUCGCGCGGGAUUUUUCGCUGAGGCACAGCCCGAGCGUGAAGCAGACGAACACUUACGAGGACGCGGUGUGUGCCCUAAACAAGCUUCAGAGCAAUGAGAUGACGAUACAGAAGUCUCUUCUUGAUCGCACUAACCCAAUCAAGAACGUCCAGAAAAUGCCGCUUUUUCUCGAGGCUACGGGCAUAAAGGUAGAGGAACUAGACGCCCUGAAUGUCAUCCACGUAGCUGGCACUAAAGGUAAAGGUUCGACGUGUGCGUUCGCGGAAAGCAUCCUCAGGUCUCACGGGUUCAAGACAGGACUUUACACCUCACCACAUCUGGUAGCUGUGCGCGAACGGAUACGUCUCAAUGGGAUUCCCCUGUCCAAGGAAAAGUUUGCCACUUACUUUUGGCAAGUGUACACCACUCUCAAAAACCAGGAAACUGUAGACCAUGUCAAAAUGCCAGCCUACUUCAUGUUUCUAACGAUCAUGGCUUUCAAGGUUUUCAUACAGGAGAAGGUAGACGUGGUGGUACUGGAGGUGGGCGUCGGCGGCGAAUACGACUGCACGAACAUCGUCAGGAGUCCGCGCGUGAUCGGCAUCACGUCCCUGGGACUGGACCACACCCGCCUUCUCGGAACAACGAUCCGGGAGAUCGCCUGGCAGAAGGCCGGCAUCAUGAAGAAGGGUGUCCCGGCCUUCACCGUGCCCCAGCCGGAGGGGGGUCUGCAGACACUUCUCGAGAGGGCAACGGAGAAAGAGUGUCGUCUGCAACUCGCCCCGCCCCUGCUCGCUUACGACUGGGACACUGAAAGGUGCAAAUUGGGCAUUCCAGGGGAGCCGCAGGAGCAGAACGCGUCCCUCGCGCUGCAGCUCUGCAGGACCUGGCUGCAUGCUGCUGCUAACGUCGCCAAAGAACCUGACCUACAGCGUUUGUUUGUCGAGGACGACUGCUUCCUGAGCAUAGCCACACCAUUCCUCAUCCCGCAGCCAACGGCAAAGGGGCUGGCUAUGUGCCACUGGCCUGGGAGGUGCCAAACGGUGCAGGUGGCCAAGGGACUCACCUAUUUCUUGGACGGUGCGCACACGCUAGAGUCGCUCCAGUGUUGCCUGCGGUGGUUCCGCGAAGCGUCUGCGUCGGAGGAAGUCGGCGGCAGGGAGGUGCGCCAGGUGCUGUUCUUCAACUGCAUCGGGGAUCGGCGGCCCGAGAUGCUCCUCUCCCUUCUGGUCGACCAUCCGUUUCACUUUGCGCUUUUCUCGCCAAACAAACUGUCGCUCACAAAGAGCCCUUACUCGGAUCAGAGCGACUUCACCGUGGGAGAGAACACGGAGGUGUCCCGUUGCCGAGCAAACCUGCGCAUCUGGUGCCAUCUACUGAGCAGCCUGCAGGAGGAAGAGAAUGAAGGCAGACACGAAAACAGUUGCCUGCUCUUUCCCUGCAUCCAGGAUGCAAUGCACUGGCUGCAGGAACUCGACACGCAGGAAACGCACUAUCAGGUGUUGGUGACUGGGAGCCUGCAUCUUGUUGGGGGUGUCAUGACACACAUCAAUCCUCACUUGGCACUCUAACUGCAUUUAACAUCUGCCCAGAAGAGUGGCUCGAAGAUCAAGAGAGUUGCCAGCAGAAGUGGAAUGGAAAUGGAAGACUCAGCAUACCGUGUUUGCCAUCGUUGCAGCAUGAUUUCCCCGCUAGGCUCAUCGUACACAGCAAAAACGCAUGUAGCAUCCCCGCACAGCUUCUUAUUUAACGAUGCAACGUGAGAGCAUUUUAAAGAUGGCAGAAAUAUCGUAUCGACCAAUAAAAGCCGGUCUUAACGGAACUCUUAUUGGUGCAUUUA